CGGGAACUGCUUGGCCAUCCGGUCUGGUUUAAGUGUGAAACGGUCUCGUAGUAUCGUGAAUUGAAAUCUUUUAUAUUCUGUUCAUUUUGUUUUCGUGGUGCAGGACGAAGUAAUAUGUUCACUGCCUGCUGUUUCUAACAUCCAAAGCUACUCGGCAACGGUGCACCGGAAUAAACCCCCUGCCCGAAUAUGAAACGCAUCGCCGAGCUCGACUAUAAAACCGUGUCCAGCAUCAAAGGGACUCGUACGCGCAACAAACGAAAGUGCAAACGCAAAAAGAAUGCACGCGCAGCGAAACGCUUCUGCUGCGUAUCGACACCGGAACUCCAGAGUGCGAAAGAUCACCGGAGUGCUGAAGAAUCUGGGGCCGCGGCGAUUGAUCCUCCACAGGCAUCAGGUUCCGUGUCGGCGCAAAAACGCAGCUUCACGCGUUGUGCCACUCCCGCAGCACCUUCACACGUGCAACUGAAGAACGCACAGAACGUGUGGAUCCGGGCAUACCAGCGGAUAGUGAAGUGGCACAGCAAGCACCAGAUGAACUACUGGAAGUUGUGCGCCCAGCAGUUAAAAGCGGAGAAUGCCCGCCUCAGGCGCCAGGCAGCCGCACCGGCCACCCGCCGUUACGUAGGUCCGGACGCAACGAGCGGUUCGGAGGAAGAGUAUCCCGACAAGGACGAUCCGUACGGCGAUACGGAAGACGAAAGUGCAGACGAUUGGAACGCCAUCGAAGCAAAUGGACGGACGGCGGACGGACGAUCGAUAGACGAACCCGAAUGGGACGAAGAGUUUCUCGCCUUCAUGGAGGUGUCGGCCCGGCACCGGCUCGAGCAUAGUCGACUGAAAAACGAAAGUGUUCACUAAUUAGAUUUAUGAAUA